GAGCCACCCACGCCCGACGGAGCCGACCCGGGGCGGGAGGCGGGAGAGCGAGGCCGGGACCCCACGCUCGCUCAGCGCGCUCCAAGGGAAGCCAGCUUUAAUGUGAUACAAACACCCUUGAACUUGUCCUAAAGACAAAGGCUUAAGUUUCAGCUCUGUUAGUUUUGCUGUGACAUUGGAGCCAGAAUUCACAAUGACAACGGUAACAAGGACCACAGAAGUCCCCUCAAGGGGUAAAAGAGAAGAUAAUUCUGCCUUGUAUGAGUCCACAUCAGCUCACAUUAUUGAAGAAACUGAAUAUGUGAAAAAGAUCCGAGCUACUCUGGAAAAGAUCCGAAACCAAGUUUUUAAAGAUGAAGUAGGACAUAAGCAUACAAAUGACAAACUAGAAACAAAGCAUUGUCGAAACAUUGAAAAUAGCUCUGAUUCUGAAAUGGACCCCUCUUGUGGCCAUUUAGAUCUGCUCAUGGAAAGGAUGAAAGGAAAGGAAGAGCAGCUCUUAGAAAUGAACAAAGAAAAUGAAAUAUUGAAAAUCAAGCUGGAAGCCUCCAGACAAGCAGGAGCAGCAGCUCUGAGAAACGUGGCCCACAGGUUAUUUGAAAUCUACCAGACACAGUCUGAAGAAGUUAGAAAGAACCAUGAGGCUGGUAAACACUUACUGGAGGUUAACAAACUUGAAAAGGAACAGCAAUUGAAACAACAUGUUGAAAAUCUGAAUCAAGUUGCUGAAAAGCUUGAAGAAAAACAUAAGCAAAUCACAGAGCUGGAAAACCUUGUAGAGAGGAUGGAAAAGGAAAAGAAAACACUGCUAGAAAAAAAACUGUCUUUGGAAAACAAGCUGCUGCAACUGAAAUCCAAUGCUACGUAUGCUAAAAGUUGCCACAAUCUUCAAAUGGAGAUUUCCCUUCUCCAGGAGCAGAUCUCGCAUCUGCAGUUUGUGAUUCAUUCCCAACAUCAGAACCUGCGCGGUGUCAUCCAGGAGAUGGAAGGAUUAAAAAAUAACUUAAAAGAACAAGAUAAGAGAAUUGAAAACCUGAAGGAAAAAGUUAACAUCCUUGAAGUCCAGAAUAAAGAACUAAAAACCAAAGUGGCACUUUGGUCUGAAACGCCUAGGACAACUGUAUCUAAGUCUGUCUCUACAAGCGAAUUGGAGACUGUCGACACCACGCCCUAUGUGAUGUUGAUUAAGCUCCGGAAAUGAGCUGACUGGCUGAAGAUCUGAAUGAGAAAGAUUGCUACGUGAGUCUUAUUUAUUCCUUGAAACAGAGCGUAAACUUUCAUGUUGAAAUGGCUCACUUCCAGCAUUCAGUGGAAUCUACUAUACAUCAACAGCUUUGCAGGAAGAUGACAUUCCAGAAAAUCAAACAAAUGUAUAUUCAAGGGAAGGAACUCUUUCUUCAAAACUUACUAAAUGGGUGAAGACACCAGGGACUUUCGAUGGAAGAGGAAUUUUGCUUUAAACUUAAAAAAAGAUCUGAAUCUUUCUUGCAGAUUUUUGCUGAAGGGAGUGGUUUAAGGUUGUCAACGAUGACUUUCUGAUAGUGGUUUUUAUGUAUAAAAAUGGAAGAGUAUAUGUGUGUCUGAGUAAAUGAUACAUUUUAAAGUUAGCUUUGGAUAAUAAAAUUUCUCAACAUGAAUUUAUAAAUUCAUCUCCUGACCCAGUGUUCAUGGGAGAGUUACUCUCUACUGCAUUAUGGACAGGAGAAGGAGUAGGUUCUUUUUAGCGAAUUCCCCAACCCACAUAACCCUCCAAAGCUGAGAAUCAUGGCAUCCCACCACACCUUAGAAAGCCAUUGUUCUUCAAUUGGGAUUGAAAAUUGGUUGCUGGAGACAACCCACAAAUAAGUACAAAGAAAUGGAGCUUGAGACUCUGGCUUCGUGACUAAUUUUCUUUUCAAGAUUCAUUAUAUUAUCUACGCAAAUAUUUGGAGGAAAGAAUAGAAACAAUGCUGUCAGCUCAUACCUCCAUAAAAAUGUGUAUGUUCUGGGUUUAGAGUAACAGUGGCUCCUGUCUACAGCCAGGAAGAUGCUGAAUUCAUGAAUUGGAAUUAAAUGUCCAGUGCUUUUGUGAAAGUGUAUUUACAUUUUGAUACAGGCAUUCAUCACAGGUGAAGUUUGUGAUUGCUAUGAGGAAAACCAGACUCUGAUUUGCAGAAAUGCAAAAAUGCUGACACUCAGAAGAGAGAACCCUUGUACUAAAGGAAUAAUGGGCAGCCUUAGCCCCCACUGAAGGGUGAAUUACUUGUAAGCCUUUUGAUCAUCCUCUCAGACAUAUGACUAUAAACAUUUUCUCAGGAAAGAUGCUGGAAACCUUUCAAUGUAGAAUGUGAAAUAGCAGUAUUAUCUAUGAAAUAUUUAAAAAUACAUACAAAUGAGAUAAAGUAAUGUAUUUAUAAAUUCAUCAAAGUACUGAAAUCCUUGAAAUGUUGCAUCACUAUAUGUGUGCAUUUCAUGCUUCACGUUUUUAUUGCUUGCUAGUUUUUCGAGUGUAGUUAUUGAAUAACAUUUAUGGCACAGUUCUUAUACCAGGAACAAUUCUAAGUACUUAACCUGUCUUAAUUACUUCGAUCUUCCCAACAGGCCUCAUAUAAUUACCCCAUCUUCCAAGGGUGGAUCCUGUGAGGUCCAGGACUUUUCCCUGCUGCUAAUGAUGGAGCAAGGAUUUGGACCUCUGACUUGGCUAUCAGUAGUCCUUCUAGCUGCCCACAUGGUGGUCCAAGGUAUUGCCACACAAUGGAAAUACCUCUCUUUUUGCUACUUUUAACAAGCACAGCUUCCUUGUUCGCUAUAUGCAUUAUCCCAUGAAUGACAGUCAGAAACAACCUUGACUCAUAAAGUAAAUAUUUUGCUGCAUUUAAGUUGGCCUUUCACCUGUUGGAUUGCCCUCAUGAGAACUUAGUUCAGAAAAAUGUCCCUGCUAAAAAUCUUCUAAUUCUAUAUUUAUCAUCAUGACCUAUGCCACAUGGAAGAUUUUUUGGUAGUAUGUUUUCAGGCACAUUUGUAGGUGCAUUGGGGUCAUGAACUCUGUCAAGUAUUUGUGGUAUGGUAAGCAAAUUCACCUUUCACCUGAAGACCACUUUGGGUUCCUUUUAUACUCUAAUCACCAUGCUGGAUGGUAAUAAAUAUGAGAGUUUGGAAUGGAUCCAUAUGACUGACCUAAC